AUGAUCAAGGGCACAGCGUCCACCCUACCCACGCCUGAGCUCCUUGCCAGCUCCGGUCCUUCGCCUGCCCUUCAGCGUCUCCGCACGCCCGAUGAGGAGCUUCCAGCGUUCGACCUGGGCGUCUCUGCUCUGGAAGAUAAGGCGCAGUCGCGUCUGCCGGAAUGCUGGGGUCAUCGAGGUGCUAGCGCUUCAUAUCCGGAGAACACCAAGGCCAGCUUCAUCGAGGCGUGCAAGCAGGGCGCGGACGGUAUUGAGACAGACAUCCACAUCACAUCCGAUAACGUCCUCGUCCUCUUCCACGACCCCAAGCUGGACCGCACGACCGACGGGAAGGGCCGUAUCCGGGAGCAGCCAUGGCACGGCAUGUUGGAGCAUGUCCGUACCAAGCAAGCACCGGUCCAGCCCAUCCCUCUCUUCACCGAGGUCCUCGACAUCAUGCUGUACCUUGGCAACGAGCGCGUCAAGCUGAACCUCGACUGCAAGGUCGACAACGACGCGGAGAAGCUGUUUGGUCUGGUUCGGAGCGUCAUCGCCCGGUAUGACAAGUGGGAGCAGCUUCUUGCGCCGAGAAUCAUCCUUGGCCUCUGGCACCCUAAAUUCCUCGGUCCCGCUGCGCACCACCUCCCCUACCUCCCUCGCUACGCCAUCUCCAUGUCGCCCGCCGACGCCAGGCGGUUCUUCUGGGACUCGGUGCACGGCUUCUCGGUCUACUACGAGGCACUCGCCACUCCAGAUGGGCAGAAGUUCUUGGCGGAAUGCAGAAGUCACGGGAAGGGCGUCUGCGCGUGGACGGUGAACACGAGAGAAGGGAUGAGGGAGUGCGUCCGAUGGGGCCUGGGGAGCUGUAUCACGGACAAGCCGGAUAUGUGGCGCGAAGUGAAGGCCGAGUUCCAAAACGACUACUACCGCGCCGUCAAGCCCACCCUCCAGACCUACCUUCUCCCGUUCGUCAACAAGAAGGCGUGGUGGUUCGAUAUAGCCAAGCAGACCAAGGAGGAGCGCCAGUAUCUCGAGAAGGAGGGAGGGAAAUUCGAAGGGUGGGAGGGCUUCAAGGUGGGACUGCAGAUUGCGCGAGCCGAAUAA